AGUAGAUGGUGCCAUACCGAUGAGGGGGGAAAUCCACUCUGAACUUUACUAUGGAUUAUUUUGUGAGGGUUUGGUCUUGGCUUCCUCUGCUUCUGCAAGUUUUUUUAAUGGGUUUUCAGAGACUUUUUCAUUGGAUAGGCCAUCGAUAUCUGAUCAGUAAAGGUUGGACACCCAUAAUGAGCUGUUUAUCAGCCCCUGUACAUGUACACAGUGAACAUAGCGAGAAGCAGACAGCACCAUACAUUGUGAAUGGGAGCUAAGCUGCAUAAACCUACUACAGCCGAUUUAAGUAAAGAAAUGUACAGUAUGUAUAAUGGAUGUCAUUUAGUCCCCAACAUAUAUCUUUGACAGACAUUUCACAGAGAUGCCUUGUGAAACUAGCCUUAAAGGGGUACUCCAGUUCUUUAAAAGUUAUUCUUUAUUUCCAGGGAUAGUUUCUGAUCACAAAGAAGUCUCAGCGGGCGGAGACACCAGAGAACCACGCUUGCAUAUUUGCGACACCUCCAUAGGCAGUGCCAGAAGCAUGUGUCGACACACCGCUCCAUGCACAGGGAGAGACAAGGACUGAUACUUUGAUUAAUAUUCUGAGAGAAAUAUUGGGAUCUGCAAAGGCUUAAUGGAAAGGAAACGUCUUAGGAAAGAACUUGAAAAGCUUCUGGCAGACUAUGUUGGAACUACACUUAGAGAGAACGAGUUUGAUUCAAAAGGAAGAAAGGAGUCCUCAUCUCUAGAUGACCUGGCUCAUUAUGAUCUGGCCAUAGGUGUUGCAUUGCAGUGGUUUAGUAGCUGUAAAGGAAAUGAAUCACUUGAAAAAGAAAGACUUAAACUGGCAUUAAACCAUCAUAAAUACCCAAAUCGGAUGGAGAGAGAAGCUAUGAUUUUAUCGUCUUUCGCAGGCAUGCUUAUGAAUAGUUUCCCUGUGGAGGAGGUAUUUGAAAUAUAUAGAAAUAAACCUUCAACAACUAGACUGCAGAACUCAGCCAAGGGACAUUUGACUCAGCCCUUCAACCUUUCAUUACAUCCAUUUGCCAUGCUUACCGCACCUCAGGCAGCAAAACAUGCUUUACAGCACUGUGUUAGAAUGUUAAAUUCCUCUGGCAAAAAUGAAGCUAUGACAUCACAUGACCAGGAAGUGGAAGAUGAUGUAAUCAUCUUUUAUGAAGACAGGAACUUUCAAGGCCGCUCUUUUGAGUGCAGCUCUGAUAGCUCUGACUUACUCUCUCUGUUCAAUCACUGCGGCUCAAUCCGAGUUGAACAUGGCAACUGGAUGAUCUAUGAGUUUCCCAACUACAGGGGAUGCCAGUAUUUCUUAAAGAGAGGCGAAUAUCCUGAUUUCAACCAAUGUUUGGGCUUUGGAGAUACUAUCAGAUCCUGCAGAAUAAUUCCCCAGCAAACAUCUUGCAAGAUUAGAGUCUAUGAGAGAGAAGACUUCAAAGGCCAAAUGAUGGAAUUCACAGAAGACUGUCCACAAGUUUAUGAGAAAUUCCGCUACCAUGACAUUCACUCCUGUAAUGUUCUCGAAGGCCACUGGAUAUUUUAUGAUGAACCUAACUACAAAGGACGUCAGUAUUACCUGAGACCAGGAGAGUACAGGAGAUACAGUGACUGGGGUGGAGUGAAUAGUAGAGUUGGCUCAUUCAGAAGAGCCACUGACUUUCAGUAACUCAUUAAAAUAAUGCAUUGCAUUGUUAUUAAUACUG